AUGUCGGACCUUCGACAUGUUUUCGCCUUCAGCCUCAUUGCUGUUGCUCUAGCUACCAGCGAAGGUAAAAAUAUGUUUUAUUUACUCAGAAAAGAAAGUUUGCCGGAAUCUACUACAAAAUUAACCUAUCAGAGACUUUCUUUUUUGGUUCACCAGAUCCAGUAUUUUUCCUAAGAUUUUUUCUGCAUUUUUCUAUAUUUUCAGUAAUCCGCGGCCGUGCUUACAUCUUCAAAGCGGUUCCAAAUGGUCUGCCCUCUCAGAUCGUUGGAAGCAUCGAUUUUGAACAAACUGGCAGCUUUUUGAAGGUAUUUAUUGAUCAAUGUCAGAAGUCUUUCAACAUAACACUCUAUCUCAAGCUUUUCAUGGAUCUGAACAUAUUUCUACAUGUUUUCCUCUAUCAUUUCAGCUUAAAAGUCAUUUCAGACGUAGUAGUGUUUCGUUAGCUACAUCUGACAGCUGUUUGAUCUCAUUUUUCGAAAAUUUUUAUGAAUGUGACCAGCUUUUUUUCUCUCUUCCGUUAUUUGCAAGAAUAUUAUGCACUGUACUGUAUUGAUUGUCAAUGUGGAAAUAUACGAUAAACCCGAAUCUCCUGUAAAAGAUUUGCAGCUGAACGGCUCGAUACUGGGUCUGGCGCCCGGCCAACACGGCUUCCACAUCCACGAGAAGGGCGACAUCGGCAACGGCUGUCUUGCCGCCGGCGCCCAUUAUAACCCCCACAAACUGACUCACGGCGCUCCCGAUGACUCGAAUCGACACGUCGGCGACCUCGGCAACAUCGAGACGCCUGUCAGUGUUGAUUUCCUUCCCUUAUUGGUCAACUUAUAAGUAGUUUUCAAACCUGAAAGGUUGAUUGCGCUAUUUUAAGGAGUUGAUGCCGUGUUAAAAGUGAUUCCGCGAAACUUAAAAAAAAUUUUGGAGAGUCAGAGAUUAUUUUGAUUUUUGCGGAAUCGCUUUGACCAUGGCAUGACAAAAUUUUGUACGCAGGACAGUACUGGAUUAGAAAAGGCUUAGGAGAGAAUUAGAAAAAAUUGAAGUAAUUGGAAACAGUCUGAUUUUACUGUGGUUUUUUAUCAGAGAAUUUUUGUGUUAUUUUCACAUUUCCCUAACCUCGGUAGUGAGAGAUAAGAGGGUGCAGACAAGCAGACUGUUUCAGGUCGUGGCGAAUAGGCUAAACGUGGUUGCUGGCCUAUCUUCCAAUUUCUAGAAUUGGGAAGCUUUACUGUGAAAAACUUUAGUGGUCACUUGAGAGGACUACUUGAAGCGGACACUAAGGUGGUCAGCAAACCUUCUAUAAAGAUUUUAAAUUUUAGACGCUUAAAUGGUCAUUUAAACUGGCCACUUAUGAUUUUCUCAUUAUUUCCUUCAACAAAGGCACUUUCAAUGUGAAAACGGAAAAAGGCCAAAAAAAUAGAGCUGAAAAAUCUUAACAAAAAGACUUUUUUUUUCUGAAAUUUUGUUUUCGUUUUCAAAAAUGCCUAUCUUUCUCGAGAUUAAGAGAAAAUAAAACCGUAGUUGUCAGAAACAUCUCCAAUAAUCAAGAGUGUUUGGCGUCAUCUUCUGUUUGAACAACCCAAACUCCACACGAAGUCAUGUUUUUUGGUCGUCUUUGACAUGGACUCACUCGAUGUUCGGCCUCCGCUUCUCUUUCUGACAAGAAAAGCACACACUUAUCUGUGGGGCGACCCCCGAACAAAGUGUAUAGUUUUUGAGUGAAAUCAGUGGGAUCUCACUGAGAACGGCCAACUGCAAACAGAUAAUGUCGCGAGAAACCGGUUGACUUACCCUUUUGUUGACCAUUUUUCGUGAGGAGAAUGGCUAUGAUUACUCAAAAGUUCGUAGUUUUGUCGAGUGGAAGGGCAAAAAAACAGUUAUAUUGUUACUGAAUGUAGUUCUUCAGAGCCAACGUUUAGGGGAACAGGAAAAAUAAAUUUUGCUGAAAAGAAUUUGAAAAAGGAUACACCUCAGAACACAAAAAUUACUUUUUUUAAAAAAAUUUUUUUCCAGGAUCUUAAGUCUUGUUUGAUAGUUGAAAAACGUAAAGGUGUAAAAAUCUAGCUUGAAAUCCGAGAAAAAGAACCUUUCUGCAAUCUAAAAAUUCCCAAAAGGCUGAAACUCUCACUUUGUAGUUCUGAAAAUUCCGAGAGAAGCAGUGAAUGAAAAGUCCUCAAGUUCUACUUCCAGCCGGACGGAUUCACGCCGAUCUCCGUGUCGGACUCGCUGGCCUCUCUGACCGGCCCCUACUCGAUCGUCGGCCGGAGCGUCGUCGUCCACGAGAAAAUCGACGACCUCGGCCGCGGCACUUCCGAUCUUUCCAAGACGACCGGAGACGCCGGCGGGAGACUCGCCUGCGGAAUAAUCGGUAGACUCUAGUCUUCCCUUGGUUCUUGCCCCCCAGCAUGUCAUUUUUUCGAGCGUUUUUCCAUUGUGUAGAUAAUGAAAAUACAGGUUUUCACUGAAUUGAAUCGAAUCAUAGUUUUGUUUUGGCAACUGCGAAACUACAGAGCUUUUCUUUAGCCUGUUUUUUUCUACCUCAUCCGCUUUUUUGGUCUUCUAGUAAUUGUUCAUCAGAGGAAAAAUUAAAAUUCAUUUUUAAUGGAAGAAACCUCAAAAGUUUCGUAGUUGCUACUCAUUUCUAUCUCCCUUCUACGUAUGCUUAAUUUGCCACGAAUUCUGACUUGUCUGCGCUUCUUUUCUCUCACCUUCGAGGCCAUAGAAGCAUGAAAACUGAACACGAGAGUGAAAAGACAGAUGAUUCGUGGCAAAAGAAGUAUGAAACAUGUCAUAUUUCCCUCCUUCACGCUCAUAAUGUAAAUAAUAAAUACACAUUUCCCCAUUGAACGCGAAAAAACACUGAAAAAAGGAAAAAAGACGCCUGUUUCAGGCGCCGUAGAGGAGGUGACGGUAGAAGCGACAACGGCGGGACUCCCGCCGCUGCCCUUGGAGCUCCCACAAGGCUCUGGAGCCUCGAAAUUAGCUUCAUGCUUAAUAUUUGCUCCAGUUCUCUUACGAAACUUUCUCUAA